CAGGGCGGGACACACGUUUCAGAGCGGGACACCCGGCUCGGGGCGGGCUCUCUCAGGGGGUGGGUCCGGCCCGUGCCGGCGCCGCCAGCGCCGGGUGCGGGUCCGGGUGCGGGUCCGGGCGCGGCCGCGGGCGCCGAUGUCUCCGCGCGCUGCCCCGCCGCGGUUCGGGCCGCUGCAGCUGGCGCUGGCGGCGGCGGGGACGGCGGCGGCCGCCCUGGACCUGUGCAUGGACGGCUGGGUGGCGGCGGAGUACGCGCGGCGCGGCCACCCGGGCUGGGCCGCGCUGUCGCUGGCGCUGCUCGCCGCCGCCUCGGCCGCCGCCCAGGCCUGCAGCUGGCUGUGGCUGCGCUCCGACCCGCCCGCCCUGCGCCCCGCCGUGCCCGCGCCGCUGCUCGCCGCCCUGCACCUCCUGCAGCUCGGCUUUUUCUUCAGGUGCCUCUAUGCCCUGAAGGUGGGCUGGAGGGUGUGCUGGGCCAAGGCAGAGGAGGAGGAUGAGCAGAGGCACAUGGCCUUCCUCUCCCACGACAUCAGCAUGCUGCGGCUCUUCGAGACCUUCCUGGAGAACACCCCGCAGCUCACCCUGCUGCUCUACAUCGUCCUGCGGACAAACAAGGCGGAGCUCUCCCAGGGCCUGGGGAUGGUCACUGCCUUCCUGUGUGUGUCCUGGUCUCUGCUGGACUACCACCAGUCUCUGCGCUCCUUCGUGCAGGACAAGUACGAGCUGAGCCUGGGCUCCUCCGUCAUCUACUUCCUGUGGAACCUCCUCCUCGUCUGCCCCCGCAUCCUGGCCGUGGCCCUCUUCGCCCUGCUCUGGCCCUACGGGGUGGCUGUGCACUUCCCACUGGUGUGGCUGGCCAUGUUCCUCUGGGUCAGCCUGCAGGGCACUGACUUCAUGGAGUCCCCCUGCCCCGAGCAGCUUUACCGGGCCGUGGUGGCUGUGAUCCUCUACUUCAGCUGGUUCAACGUGGCCCAGGGCAGGACGCUGCAGCGCAGCAUCAUCUACCACAGCUUCAUCCUGCUGGACAGCUCGCUGCUGGCCCUGGCCUGGCUCUGGGGCAGGGCUCCCUCUGAGGAGAGCUCCUACCUCCUCCUGCUGCUGGCUGCUGCCCUGCCCUGCUACCUGCUGGGGCUGGGGCUGAGGGUCACCUACUACAAGUGGCUGCACCCCAACGUGCAGGUGCAGAAGGAAGGCAGAUACGACGAGGUGGACGCCAGUGGAGGGGAGGAUGGGGUGCAGUUCCGCUCGUUUUUGGAACCAGACCUUGUCAACAGGCGGAUGCAGUAUCUGGCCCAGACCCACCUCUCCUUGUCCCAGCUGGCACAGCAGCACUUCCUGAAUGGGGCUGCUGCUGUGGAGUCUGCUGUCUGAGGGCAGGAGGUAAACUUGCUGGUUGUGCCCUCCAGGCUGUUGUUUUGGACACUGGGGGGGCCUGGCAGAAGCCAGGGGUGAUGUGGAAACACCCAGUGAGUCCCAUGGCACUCAGCAUGGCUCCCAUGGCUGUACCCUCAAGGAAAGACUGUUUGUGAUGAGUCCAGCACAUUGUGGCAUAUGGCUGAACUGCUGUGUCAACUUUUCUUGUUAUUUAUUACUAGCUUUUUCAAAGAAGAGAAAUGAAAACAAGAGCACUGGUUUA